AUCAACAACAAAAACAACAAUCGUAAACAACAAUGACAACAACAACAACAACACAGCACUAGGGCGUCCAUAUUGUGCAAACCUGCCAUUUGUCAACAUAGAGACACAACCAUGGCCUCCCAGGAACUACACAAGGGAAAAUUAUGUUUGUGUUGUCGGGAAUGUGGCGGGUGACAUAAAACAGUUAAACAACGCCAGCAUUUCAUAUCGUCCUCUCCUGGCCCUGGGUCAUCUAGGCACAGUAUUACGGAUAGCUAAACUUGAAGAACAAGGCGGAGCAUUCAUUUCAUCACUCGGGGGGUUUUCUUGGUGACUUUUAAAGAGAGGUUGCUAUAGUGUUGCUGUGCAGCGCUUUCCUGGGCUGACACAGGUUCGGAUUGCAUAACUUGGCAGGAGUCAAAGCCCCUCAAGCUCUCUCUCUCCCUCUCUCUCUCAAGUUGUGAAAAGCUCACAUACUGCACUGGUUUAUGAGAGGGUCUUGCUGAGAGUCAUAAGAAUGGCUGACUGAGGGGGAAAUUGUUGAUAUCCAUGUAACAUGCAAACCUCAAAAGGCAUGGAAGUGUUUGUAUGCGUGCACUGGGGGAAUCACAGCAGUGCUUUCAUGCUGAACCCUAAUUGCCAGAUGCCGGAUUGGUUGAACCUAGGGGAGUUGCCCUCCAGAUCACACAGAAAUUAUUUUAUUCCAUUGAAUAUAAGGCUUAUGUACAUUUGGUCCCUUGCGUAGGCCUAUACAAAGUCUUACUGUAUAUUUACAUUUUUAAACUCAGCAAUCAUCCAGGCUUCAGAUAGAGUUAACUGGCUGAAUAACUCAAGGUGUGGACAUGAUGUCUGUCAUGAAUAGCUCAUAUGCCGGUUCCUUAUUCUUUCAAAUGUAGCCUAUUUAUAUUUUACAGCUCUCGAUGUCAACUGCGAGCUAUGCGUAGGCAUACAGGCCAAUAUGUCGGCUUAUUUGUUUCCAUAAUGACUUGAAGGCGUUAGUAGCCUACACUUCCCGCCUUCACGGUUCAGAGACAAAAUAGACAUCUCUCAGUAAUGAGCUAAAAUGUAACGGUGGGUGGGCAGUCUACAAUGUAACUUCUCAGCGGUCGGCAAGUGGAACAAUGUGGCCCUUCAGAAUCCUUCUUAAACCUGGACCAUGGAUAGCGCAGGAAUGUUAUUCGCUCUCCUCUGCGUCAGUCUGCUGUCCGUCAUCUGUAAUGGACAGGUGUCAAAGGAAGUCUCGGCAGAAGACACUGGACCACAGAACUCUGCAGUGUCUGCGGACAGUGACUUGCUGCAGGCAAUGGAAGCACUUUUGGGGAAGUACCACGAGCACCUACCAACCUCGGAAAAGAGGGGCAUCCCCAUGUGCGGUAUGGGCUCCCGGUGUGCCAUGAGGUAUGGGCCGCGCUUCGGGACGCUGUGUGACUGCGGCCGUGGCAGCAACUGCAACUCCUAUCUCCUCAAGUGUUUAUAAAACACUUCACCAUCCACUCACCACACCGCACCGCAACCGCCACCCCUCUCCUCAGCCGUCCGAGGGCUGUCAGCCUCACUCCACAUCUCCAGCCAUGGUCCACAGAGUACUCCGUUAUUUAUUAUCAUUGGCUUUGAGUUAAAUUCCUGCAUGAGUGUGGUAUGAAUUGUUACUUACAGUUACGUGCAUAUAUUUGUGUUCUAAUGAUGGGGGUUUACCGAUCUUGUAAAAGGUUUAUUUGGGAAAUAAAAGUAGUGCUUUACCA